AUGGCCAAAGAACACUUCCGCAAGAUAGUCGAGUUCGAGAUUGACUACUCGCCUUCGAAGAUCACGAAGUAUGAGUCGAAACGAACCGGGAUGACCGUUGUGGUAGUCGAUAAGGAAGGCCCCAAGGUCAACGGUUUCUUUACCUUCGCAACCGAGAUCUUCGACGAUUCCGGCUCCCCACAUACCCUAGAGCAUUUGUGCUUUAUGGGCUCCAAGAGCUAUCCCUACAAGGGUAUCUUGGAUCGAUUAGCUACCAGGGCAUAUUCCGAUACGAAUGCGUGGACUGCCACAGAUCACACUGCCUACACCCUCAACACGGCCGGGUGGGCUGGUUUUGCACAGAUCCUACCAGUAUACCUGGAGCACACCCUGUUCCCCACACUCACGGAUGCUGGAUGCCUGACGGAAGUCCACCACAUCGACGGCGCAGGACAGGAUGCCGGCGUGGUGUACUCGGAGAUGCAGGGCAUUCAGAAUACCCAGGAGACCCUGAUGAAUGAGAAAGCAGUGAAGAUGCUGUAUCCUGAGGGCGUAGGCUUCAGAUAUGAGACUGGGGGUAUGAUGGAGGCUCUCCGUGUCCUUACGGCUGAGAGAAUUAGGCAGUUCCACAAGGAGAUGUAUCAGCCCAAGAACUUGUGCGUUAUCAUCAUCGGAGAGGUUGAUCAUGAUAACCUACUCGAAAUAUUGGAUAAGUUUGAGGAUGGGAUUAUUGCAGAUGUUCCGGCUGUGGAUGCCCCGUGGAGGAGACCUUGGGUAGAUUCUACUCCCGUUCCACCACUCACCAAGUCCUCUAUUGCCACCGUCGAGUUUCCCGAGAAGGAUGAAUCGACGGGUGAGGUCAUGGUGGGAUUCUUCGGACCGAACUGCAUGGAACCAGUGAUGUCGACCGCAAUCGAAGCCAUGAGCAUGUACCUAGCCGGAUCAUCGGUUUCAGUGCUGGAGAAGGAAAUGGUCGAGAUUGAGGAUCCGUGGUGCUCUGCCGUCCAUUUCUACAGCGAGGAUCGUCCAGACACCGUUCUUUGGUUGCAAUUGACAGCUGUCAAUACCGAGAAGCUCGAGGCUGCUGAGAAGAAGCUUUUCGAGAUCUUGAGAAAGACUGUGGAUGAGCCUCUGAAUAUGGAAUACCUCACCGACCUGAUUCACCGCGACAAACGCCAGGUAAUUUUCUCCGGCGAGUCCACUGGGUAUUCAUUUUCGACUCCCAUCAUCAUCGAUCACUUGUUCGGAAACCGGGAUGGAAGAGAUCUACAAACUUUACAGACCCUCAAGGAGUAUGAGAUUUUGGAGCAGUGGACUGACAAGGACUGGAGGGACUUCAUGCGAAAGUACUUGGUCGACAACCACCACGUUUCGGUAUUGGGCCGUCCAUCUGCGAAGCUGCUCAAGAAGAUGGAGGAGGACGAGCAAGCGCGGAUUGCUGCUCGCAUCAAGGAGCUAGGUCCUAAUGGAUUGGAGGAUCUCCAGAAAAAGCUAGAUGCUGCGAAGGCCGAGAAUGAUAGGGAGAUUCCAGCAGAGGUUGUGGGUCAGUUCAAGGUUCCGGAUGUGGAUUCAAUCCGCUUCAUCAAGACGACGACUGUCAAGGCUGGGCUAGCGAAGGAUGGCAAGCACGAUAGCCCUUUGCAAAAUAUUAUCGACCAGGACGACAAAGACAUGCCAUUGUACCUCCACUUCGAGAGUGUUCCGUCAAAGUUCGUCCAUCUGAACUUGUUUGUAUCGACAGAGUCUAUCCCGGUUGAGCUGAGGCCACUGAUACCACUAUACUGGGACCUGUUCUUCGACUCUCCGGUGAUGAUUGACGGUGUCCGUGUGGAGUACGAGAAAGUCGUCUCGCUGUUGGAGAAGGACACCAUAUACUACGGCAUCUCGUCCGGCAGCUACGUCUCUAUGCCUGAAUCGGUUAGGAUCCGGCUUCAAGUAGAGCCCGAGAAAUAUGAGGCAGCUAUCAAAUGGCUCAAGACGCUGCUUUGGGACAGCAUCUUUGAUCUGAAGAGGAUUGGCAUAACCAACUCGAAAAUGAAGAGCGACAUCCCUGAUGAGAAGAGGCAGGGCGGUAAAAUGAUUGGCUCUGUUCGAAACAUGGUUGAGUUCUCUCGUGAAUCAAUCGGCCGGGCCGUAGACACGCUGGUCAAGACCAAGUACCUCAAGCGCAUCGAGGCUCUCUUGAAGGAGGAUCCUGAAGCAGUCAUCAAGCAAUUUGAGCAAUUUAGAUCGGCAUUCUGCAAGCUGGAGAAUUUCCGUAUUCUGGUCAUCGCCGAUUUAGAAAAGCUGAAGAAUCCCGUUUCUUCCUGGAAGACUUUUGUCGAGAACCGGCCCUUCGGUGGAGUGCUUGCACCCCUGGAUAAGCGAACAGAUCGUCUUACAGACGCCGGAAAGAAUCCCGGAGGCAAUUGUAAUGUCGUUCAAAUGCCCACCAUCGACAACACCUACUCGACGCACACUUGCAAGGGCCCAUCUACUUACGAUGAUCUACAGCUGCCUGCUCUCAUGCUUGCUCUUUCAUACCUCGGAGUUACUGAAGGACCGCUCUGGGUUGCCGCCCGAGGGAGUGGUCUUGCGUACGGUGUCUCAAUGACGAGAGAUCACGAUUCCGGCAAGAUCUCUUUCGACGUUUAUCGUUCUCCCGACGCAUACAAAGCAUUCGCUGCUGUGAAGAAGGUCAUUACAGACCUGGCUGAUGGAACCACACCAUUCGACGAAAACUCGCUUGAAGGGGCCGUUUCGAGUGUUGUUGUAUUCUUUGCCGACUCCGAGCCUAACAUGAGCGGGGCUGGAACCGUUAGUUUCGUUCGACAAGUUGUUCACGGUAUUCCCAAGGAUUUCAACACCAUAUUGCUGCGAAAGAUCAAGGAAGUUACGGUGGAUGAUCUUAAGGCUGUGCUCAAGAGUCUCGUUUUACCCUGCUUCGACCCCAAGACGAGCAAUGUGGCUGUCGUCUCCACGCCCUUGAAAGCACAGGAAAUCGUGGAUCAGUUCGCGAAGGAUGGGUUCAACGCCCAGCUCAAGACACUGAAAGACUUCGAGGAUGACUACGGAGUGAAGUAUGGGUUGAAGGACGGUAAAGAGGAGGAAGAGGAGGAAGACGACGAGGAAGGUGACAGUGAUGAUGAUGAUGAUGAUGAGUCUGACGAUGAUGACGAUAGCGAAGAAGAUUAG